CCAGAAAGUUCAGCAAGGUUAUUUUUUUCCCCUCAGCAUUUCAAGGGAAACGCAAAGAGAAAUGUUGAAGAACCAGUCAGCCGUGUGUGUAUAGGACUGUAGGUUGGCAGCAGCAUCGUUGUCUUCACUCCUAACCUGAAAGCUGCUAAGAACUCCCGGCUAAGGCGAGUGCAUUCAGUCUGGACCAGAAAUAAUGGGGAAUUUCAGAGGAGGAAUGCCAGCUCCUGAGCAGAGCCCAGUGACGGAGGAGGGGCUUCUGCUGACCAUCCGCGACAGUUCAACUGGCCGCAACAUGGAGGCUGACAACACGGCCAACAACAUCCUGGCCUCCGUCAAAGAACAGGAGCUCCAGUUUGAGCGGCUAACCAGGGAGCUGGAAGUGGAGAGGCAGAUUGUAGCCAGUCAGCUGGAAAGAUGCAGACUCGGGGCAGAGUCGCCAGGCGCUGGUAGCAGCAGCUCGUCUGAGAAGUCCCUGCCUUGGAGGACUGCAGGAGUACGGAGCUCAUAUGCCAGUCAGCACAGCCAGCUGGGCCAGGACUUAAGGUCAACCAUAUCCCCAGACCGCCACAUUGCACCAAUCUACGAGGAUCGGACGUUCCAGGGCCCAUUGUACCGCAGUCCAAGCCACACCCAGCAGGGCACCCUCUACAGGAGCACCUCAGGUGUGGGGAGUCUCCAGCGGACACCCAGCCAGCGCAGUGCCAUGAUCUACCAAAGAAACAACUACGCUCUCACCACAGCAGCCACCUAUGCUGAUCCAUAUCGCUCGGCACAGUACCGGCCCUCCGAUCCCAACUACAGUCGCCAGGCUGUAGUCAUGGAUGAUGGCGCCACUCGCUCACCCUCCAUUGACAGCAUUCAGAAGGAUCCCAGGGAGUUUGCGUGGCGUGACCCAGAGCUGACAGAGGUGAUUCACAUGCUGCAACACCACUUCCCCUCGGUGCAAGCGAACGCAGCCGCCUACCUACAGCACCUGUGCUAUGGCGAUAAUCGAAUUAAGACGGAGGUGUGUCGAUUGGGCGGAAUUAAGCAUCUGGUGGACCUACUAGACCACAAGGUGCUUGAGGUCCAGAGGAACUCUUGUGGAGCUGUGAGGAACCUAGUUUAUGGCAAAUCUAUGGAUGAAAACAAGAUCGCUGUGAAGAACGCAGGAGGGAUUCCAGCUCUGCUCCGCCUGCUGAGAAAAACUGUAGAUGCAGAAGUGCGGGAGCUUGUCACAGGGGUGCUGUGGAACCUGUCGUCAUGUGACGCUGUCAAGAUGACAAUCAUUCGGGACGCCUUAUCAACUCUGACCAACACUGUGAUCAUCCCUCACUCCGGAUGGAGCAGCUCCACCUUCGACGACGACCACAAGCUGAAGUUCCACUCCUCCCUGGUGCUGAGGAACACGACAGGCUGUCUGAGGAACCUGAGUUCAGCUGGCGAGGAGGCCAGAAAACAGAUGCGCACUUGUGAGGGCCUAGUUGACUCACUACUCUAUGUCAUCAAAGCCUGUGUAAACACCUCUGACUUCGACAGCAAGAUUGUGGAGAACUGUAUUUGCACUCUAAGGAACCUGUCAUAUCGUCUGGAGAUGGAGAUGCCGCCAUCCCGACUGAUAGCGGGGCAGGAGCUGGACGGCUUACUGAGCAGCGAGUCGCCCAGUAAAGAGGAGGAUUCCAGCUGUUGGGGCAGGAAGAAAAAGAAGAAAAAAAAGAGCUUGCAGGAAGAGACAUGGGACGGUGUGGGACCCAUCCCUGGCUUCUCCAAGUCUCCCAAGGGGGCAGAGAUGCUAUGGCACCCUUCGGUGGUUAAGCCUUACUUGACACUGCUGGCUGAGAGCUCAAACCCCGCCACUCUGGAGGGCGCCGCUGGGUCCCUCCAGAACCUGUCAGCGGGCAACUGGAAGUUUGCAGCAUACAUUCGUGCAGCAGUGCGUAAGGAGAAGGGGCUGCCCAUCCUAGUGGAGCUGCUGCGGAUGGAUAACGACAGGGUGGUGUGUUCGGUUGCCACUGCUCUGAGAAACAUGGCACUGGAUGUCAGGAACAAGGAGCUCAUAGGGAAGUAUGCUAUGAGGGACCUGGUCAACCGCCUCCCUGGGGGUAACACCACCCUGCUGUCAGACGAGACCGUGGCAGCCAUCUGUUGCACCCUGCACGAGGUCACAAGCAAAAACAUGGAGAACGCCAAGGCCUUGGCCGACACGGGCGGCAUCGAGAAGCUGGUCAACAUCACCAAGGGCAGAGGAGACAGGUAUUCUAUGAAGGUGGUUAAAGCAACCGCUCAGGUGCUGAACACACUGUGGCAGUACCGGGAUCUGCGUACCAUCUAUAAGAAAGAUGGAUGGAACCAAAACCAUUUCCUCACUCCGGUGUCAACACUUGAACGGGACAGGUUCAAGUCCCAGCCCACUUUACCCACCAGCACCAUUCAGAUGUCCCCAGUCAACCACACUGCUGCCAGUGCCACGUCGUCUCCUGCCAUGCUGGGCAUCAAAGAGCAUAGAGACACUAUCAGAGAUUAUCAGAGAGCACAGUCAACUAUGCAAUUUUAUAAUUACCAAGGGGACAACAGUAUCCAUAAAAAACAGUAUACAGGGUCUGGACAGCCUUCUCCAUAUUACUACUCAUCACCCACAAGAGAGGAGCCCAGAAGAACACAGCCUAUGUAUUACACAGAGGAUCCGGGCCGGAGAAACUACGAUACGUACAGAAUGUACCUGAAGCAUCCCCACGGCUUUGACGACCCUUACUUGGAGGAGGUCAUCACCUACCCGCCCACGGUUGACUACAGCUCCCAGCCUCAUGGACUGAAAUCCACCACCAACUAUGUGGACUUUUACGCUAGCACACGGAGGCCUUCGUACAGGGCAGAGCAGUACCCCGGCUCUCCUGACUCCUGGGUAUAGGUCUACAGAUGCUCCUGUGUUUGCAAUCAAGAUAUUCUUUUCAUCCCCGAUUGGCAUUUCGGGGGCGUGAGGAGGAGCGGCAGCAGAGGCGAGGAGAUGGGAGCAUACAAGAAGUGACGAACUUUUUCAUGAACUUUGGCUUUAUAAGUGUGUUUGUUGUAAAGUGAAUGUGUGUGUGUGUAUGGAGGGGAGUUCAGCUGAGCGAUGGCAGAUGGAAAGAUGGAAUGUGUGCCAAAGAAGGAAAUCAAGGAAAGUUUUUCUUUUAAGUUAUUUUUUUCAUGCGUCCUGCUCUGUCUAGAUGUUAGUUUUAUUUUCUUUUAUGAAAAUGUUAGCUGUGAUAGCAUGGUGAAAGGUGUGAGUCAUGUGAGCGAGGGUCUGCGGUAAGAGUCAAGAUGGGGAAUGUGUAUGUGCCGAAGUCAAAAUGAAUCAUGAACUCAUAUCUGUAAAAAGAAAAAAAAAGAUAGUAAACUAAUGAUGUUAGAUUGUACAGAGGGAUGAAAUUGUAUCUGUACUUAAUGUUGAAGUUGUGUAAUGCCAUGGAGUCUUGUACAUUUCUUUCAUUUUAUUGUAAAUACAGAAAAAAAACAUGUUACCUGGUUUACACUCAUCAGCACUGGUUAAAAAAAGAAACUUGUGCCAUGUUAUAGAUAUAUAAAUAUAUGAAGACUUAUGUGGACAAAGAUGGCAUCAUAACAACCAUGCUAAAAUAAUAAAAAAGGUCAGUUUUGUUUUUUAAAA